UUUAAACUUUCGGUUUACAUGGAUUUCGACAAGUUUCAAGUGGGUACGUUGUUGCAGCAUUUCAGCCAAUCAUAUUUUCAACGUCGUGUGGUUCAACCUUAUGCGAGGUUUGAGUAAGUUUUGCUUGAUUUGAAAUACAUUGCACGGGUUAAAAUUAUUGUAAGAUGAGUACAUUUUUCUCAAUAAUUGUGUGUCUACUUCAGAUAAUUCUAAUAAUAUUUGCGUCAGCUAUUCUUAAAACAGUACGUCAGAUAUUAAAUUUGUUUGGAAAGAUUGCUGUCAGAAGGGAAGAAGCUAAUACAUCCGAAAAUCAGAGUAACGUACACUCGGUUGAAAAAGAAUUUUUGUUAGAAAGAAAUGAUAAUCCAAAUCUUCAAAACGAGCAAUUUCAGAGGCAAUCAAGCGCAUGCAUAAGCUCCUCAAUACAGAACCAAGGAUACGAAGAUGUAGUUAUAGAGAUGGCUGAUUGUGGAAACGAAGAAAAUGUCCCACUAAAUCAGGCGGGGUCACAGAAACCACCACCCCUACUAGAAGAAACAAACAGCACCAAAGAAAACGCAAGUGCAUACUUGUCCUUAUACAACAGCGUAGAGGAUGAGCGAAAUGAUACCAACGAUGAAAGUGUCUAUUCGCAUUACUAUGAAAUUAAAAACCUAACGAUUCCUCAACAGGGUAAAAAAAAGAAAUGA